AUGGGGAAAGUACAGAAGAAGAAUAGUAAAGGGCGUUUAGAUAGAUACUACCAUUUGGCUAAAGAAAAGGGAUACCGUGCUCGUUCCUCUUUUAAGAUCAUCCAAAUUAACGAAAAGUAUGGCCACUUUUUGGAAAAGUCCAAAGUAGUGAUUGAUUUAUGUGCUGCUCCAGGUUCUUGGUGCCAGGUGGCAUCUCAGUUAUGUCCUAUCAAUUCAUUGAUUAUCGGAGUUGAUAUUGUUCCUAUAAAGCCCCUUCCCAAAGUUAUUACUUUCCAAUCAGAUAUUACAACUGAAGAUUGUAGAUCAAAGCUUAGAGGAUAUAUGAAAACCUGGAAGGCAGAUACAGUUUUACAUGAUGGUGCUCCUAAUGUCGGUUUGGGUUGGGUCCAAGAUGCGUUUACUCAAUCUCAGUUGACUUUGCAAGCCCUCAAAUUGGCAGUUGAAAAUUUGUCUAACGGAGGAACUUUUGUGACUAAAGUCUUCAGAUCCAGAGAUUAUAAUAAUUUGAUGUGGGUGUUUAGUCAGUUGUUUGAAAAAGUGGAAGCCACUAAGCCUCCAGCUUCUCGUACUGUUUCGGCUGAAAUUUUUGUUGUUUGUAAAGGUUUCAAGUCUCCAAAAAAGCUUGAUCCUCGUCUUUUAGACCCCAAGCAUGUUUUUGAAGAAUUGCCAUCUGGACCUCAGAAUAACGAAGCCAAGAUAUACAAUCCUGAGAAGAAGAAGAGACAAAGACAAGGUUAUGAAGAAGGAGAUUAUUUGUUAUACCAUGUGAUGCCUUUGUUAGAGUUUGUGAAAAAUGAAGACCCUAUAAAUACUUUAGGAGACUUAAAUAAGUUAAGUGUGCCUUCAAAAGAAGAUGAAGAAACUGAGUUUAAAAUGGUGAAAAAGCUUAAGAGUUUUACCCCUGAAUUACAAGAGUGCAUAAAGGAUUUGAAAGUAUUGGGAAAGAAGGAUUUCAAAUUGAUUUUGAAGUUUAGAAAGCAUGCCAGAGAAUUGCUUGGAUUGGAUGAAGAGGAAGCUGAGUCUGAAAUCGAAGUUGAGCCUUUGACUGAGGAUCAAAGAAUUGAUAAAGAAUUACAAGAAUUAAGAGAUAAACACAAGCAAAAGUCUAAAAGAGAAAAGAAGCAUAAGAAUGAGCUCAAGCAAAAGGAGAUACAGAGAAUGCAAAUGAACAUGUUAACGGAUAUGAACAUUGGUAUCGAAGGUGCCACUAGUGAUUCCCAGGGUUUGUUCAACUUGAGGUCCGCUGAAAAGACAGGUGAGCUCAACAAGUUGAUCCAAGGUAAGAAGAGAAUGAUUUUUAAUGAAGCUGAUCGCAUAAGGGACGUCGAAAUUGAUGUAGGAGAUAAUGAAGAGGUAGGAACCGACGAUGAGCUUGACGGCUUGGAGGCUCAAUUAGAUGACAUGUAUCACUCUUAUCAAGAGAAGAGAGCUGAAAGAGAUGCCAAGUACAGAGCUAAGAAAUUAAGAGGUGACGAGGAUGACGAACCUUGGGAUGGAAUUCAUUCUGAAGAAGAAAAUGAUGCUGAAGAAAAAGACUAUGAAAUGGAUGACCAAAGUGAAAGUGACCUGGAUGAUGAUGAACACAUCAAUCGGCUCAUCGAAGAGAAAAGGGGUAAAGAUGGCUUAAGCAAGAGUGCAAAGAACUUUUUUGCUGCUAAUUCUCUUUUUGAAGAUGUUAAUGAAGAUGCAUUAUUAGCAGCCAUGGCUCCAAAAACAUCUCCUGUUGAUGUAAAUGGGGAUGACAGAAAAUUGGCGGCAGACUCUGAAUCAGAUGAGUCUGAUUUUGCUUCCGACUCAGAUUCUUCUUUUGAAAUUGUUAGAGAGAAAAACGAAGUUAGUGAAGAUGAAGACUCUUCCGAUGAAGAAACACAUAAAUUCAAGAAUCUCAGUGAAAAGGAAAAGAAUGAUCUUGCAACCGUGGAAGCUAUGACUUUGGCUCAUCAGCUUGCGUUAGGACAUAAAACGAAGCAUGACCUCGUUGAUGAGGGUAUUAACAGAUACUCCUUCAGAGAUAAUGACAAUGUGCCUGAGUGGUUCAUUGAUGAUGAGAAGAGGCACAGCAAGAUUAGUAAGCCUAUCACUAAAGAAGCUGCUAUGGCCAUUAAACAAAAACAAAAGGAAUUAAAUGCCAGACCCAUUAAGAAGGUGUUGGAAGCUAAGGGUCGUAAAAAAAUGAGAGCUUUGAAAAGAUUAGAAAAGUUAAAGAAGAAGUCUGAUUUGAUCAACGAAGAUGGAGCCAAAUCUGAGCAUGAUAAGGCAGAAGAAAUUACCAAAUUGAUGAAGAAGUUAACCAAGAAGCAGCAAAUCAAACCUAAAGUCACGGUUGUGGUUGCAAGAGGUAGCAACAGAGGACUCAGUGGUAGACCAAGGGGAAUCAAAGGUAAGUAUAAAAUGGUUGACGGUGUGAUGAAGAACGAACAAAGAGCAUUAAAGAGAAUUGCCAAGAAGCACCGUAAGUAG